AUGAGUCUCACAUCAGCCAUCAAGGCAAAUAUCCAAGGAGAUGUUUGGCCGGGUCUCCCAAAAAGGUUUCAAAGCUUUCUCUUUUUUCGCGUUCGAAACCAAGUUGAUUUCAAGAACCGACUGAAGACAUUUAUUCCCAAGAUUACCACCGGGCAAGAUGCCUGUGAGAUGGGUGAGACCAUCAAGCGGGCAAAGAAGGAGGCCGAACUGGCAAAAAAAUCAGCUAAGCUUCAAGGUUUACCGGGAAUCAACAUUGCCUUUACCUCGACCGGUCUUGAAGCACUUGGAGCAUUUGUGAAUUCCAAUGAUCAGACUUUCGUCAAAAAAGACAGGCAACUAUCAACAGUCUUCCGGAAGCAACAACUCCGUGGUGGAUUGUUCGAAAAGGGCAUGUAUGCGGAUCUUGUCGGCGAGGGGUGGGAUAACCCCCAGGAGCUUCGAAAGGAAUACAAGCCCACCGAUGAUAAUGAGAGACUCAUUGAUGGUGUGAUUAUGGUGACCGCAAGCCUGAAGCGUGAUUUGGAUACCACGGUCAGCGAGGUGAAGCAACAUUUCCUGGCCGAGGAGGGAGUACCUCUCAACCCAGAUACAUAUGUACUCAGCCAGAACCCUUCUAUAGAGUUCACACUGGUCAGAGAAGGAAAGGUUCGCCCAGGCGCUAUGAAGGGAAAAGAGCAUUUCGGAUUCAAGGAUGGAAUCAGUCAGCCUGUAAUUGAGGGCUGGGAUGAAAGGCAACCCGUGGGAAAGGAGCCCAAGGCCACAAAGUCAGGAUUGAUUGUUUGCGGACAUGAGGGCGACCCUAUGGGCCAACCAGCAUGGGCCAAAGAUGGCAGUUUCCUUGUUUUCCGCGACCUUCAACAACUUGUUCCUGAAUUUGACGAGUUCAUGGAGGAAAACGCUAUGCACGCCCCUUUUACUCAAGACCACCCCAAGCCAGCCGAAAAGCUUGCUGCAUACUUGAUGGGAAGAUGGAAGAACGGAACCCCCGUGGAUGAGUCUCCUCAUGAUGACUCUGACGAGAAACUCUUCUCAUCAAACAACUUCGAUUACCACCCCGUUGAGGAGCACAAAAAGUGCCCCUUUGCGGCACACACCCGCAAAAUGAGACCACGGGCUGACUUGGAGCACGACCAUGCUGUUAUUAUCCGUCGUGGCAUUCCGUAUGGCGAGGAAGUCUCGGCUGAAGAAAUGACUGACCGAAAGUCCUCUGAGGAAAAGGAACGUGGGCUUCUGUUCGUCUGCUACCAGAGCGAUAUCCGCAAUGGAUUCAACUUCCUGACUACCCGCUGGGCAAGCAAUCACCACUUCCCUGACCGCAAGACUCACUUCGUCGGUGGUGAUGGUCCGGGCAUUGAUGCGUUUGUAGGCCAGAGACUAGACCAUCACCCGCCUCGCUCUAUCGGUCUUCCUGAUGGCAAAUAUCCCACCGAGGCCCGCAUGCCGCUAGAGAGCUGGGUUAUCCAAAGAGGAGGAGAAUACUUCUUCGUGCCUUCUAUCUCAACGUUGAAGAACGAACUCACGGGUCCUGGUAUCUUUGACCAGGAGAAACUGGCGCGUCUCCGUGAAGAUAACGCGUAA